AUCGAAACAACACUCAAAAACAAUUUACCGUACAUCUCGUAAGAUAUGCUAAAAUGUCACAUUAUCAGUCUUUGCCGUAACAUCAUAAGCAAAUCAUAGAUGUACCUUUUUUAAAUGAUUGAACGGUUCAAAACCGAUAUCAGCAGAGCAAGAACAAGCAUUUCCAUUGGAUAAUAAGAUGCGAUAAAAGAUCAAGGAAUAAGCAAUAUUGUUUGUCAGGUGUGGGUUUUCUCAUGACGCAUAGCAACGAUGAAAUUAACAAUUUAAGAAUUUAGUCCGGAGAGAUGGGCUUUAGUUUACGCACAUUUUCUGCUCAUUAGUGGCCGAAAACAUGGCAGAGAAUGAGUGCUCCGGAAAUGUGCAAAAUUCAAACCGUUUUGGAUGGGAAGAUUACCUAGUCUUUGCUAUCGUGCUUGUCAUUUCAAUGGGAAUUGGCGUUUUUUUCGGCUGCUUCAAAAACAAGCAAAAGACUGCGACAGAAUUCUUAAUGGGAGGAAGGCAGAUGAACUUCUGGACACUUGGUGCAUCUCUCACAUUAGGGUUUACAUCCGCAAUAGCCAUUCUGGGAAAUCCUGCAGAAAUGUACAAUUUCGGAACUCAAUAUGCGAUGGGUUUGGUUGUCUUUGUGUUUGUGGUGCCUCUUACCGCUUUUAUGUACCUUCCCACCUUUAGAGGUCUGGGGAUUACAUCCAUUUAUGAGUAUUUAGAUAGACGGUUCUGCAACAAAACUAGAUUGUUAAUGUCGUUCUUCUUCAUAAUUCAAACUUUGCUCUAUUUGGCAGUGGUCGUUUAUGCUCCAGCACUGGCUCUUGAACAAGUGACAGGGUUAAACGUAUUAGCUGCUUCAGCAAUAACAUUUGCAGUUAGCCUAGUUUAUGCUUCUUUGGGCGGUAUAAGGGCUGUUGUGUGGACUGACACUUUCCAGUUUGUUGUUAUUAUGGGUGCUUUAAUUGCCGUGCUUAUCCUGGGUGGAAUACAAGACGGUGGUCCAGCUGAAGUCUGGCAAAAUGCUUAUGACUCGGGCAGAAUCGAGUUCUUCAAUAUGAACCCAGACCCUCGAAUUCGCCACUCGUUCUGGACAACUGUUGUUGGGUCGACUUUUUACUGGCUCUCCUUGAACGCGGCUACCCAAUCCUCAGUGCAAAGGUUGAUGACAGCAAGGACAAACAGACAUGCCUUAUGGGCUUUAAUAUUGAGUGGUCUCGGCAUGAUGUUGAUCUUUUGCACGGCGUUUUACAUAGGUCUCGUGACAUAUACUCAUUUUAAGGAUUGUGAUCCACUUUUGAACAAGGAAAUAUCGGCUACGGACCAGAUUUUGCCACUGUAUGUGAUGGAAAUUGCUAGCUCGCUUCCCGGAUUGCCAGGUCUCUUUGUUGCAGGCGUUUUUAGUGCAUCAUUGAGCACAGUGGCAUCUGCGUUAAAUGCAUUAGCUGCCACCACUCUGAAGGAUGUGCUUGCUGGAGGUUUCAAUUUCACCCCAACGGAAGCAAAAGCGGCGUUGGUAUCAAAAGCGCUCAGCGCUUUGUAUGGAGUGUUAUGCUUUUCCUUGGUAUUUCUUGUGAUGCAACUCGGAGGAGUGAUGCAAGUUGCAAUAAGUCUGAAUGGAAUGCUGGCAGGGGCUGCGUUGGGCACUUUCACUCUGGGCAUGUACGUUCCCUGGUGUAACGAAAAGGGAGCGAUUGUGGGUUCAAUUGCUGGCUUUGCCGUUGCCCUGUGGUUGUGCAUCGGGGCUCAGGUUGCUACUGUGACUGGAAAAUUGGCGCUACAAAGGAAACCGGUUGGAAUGCAGUGUAACUGCACAAUCAUCGAGCCUAAUUUCCCUGAUAAUGAUCUGGUGUUUGAUGGCUAUAGGAUAUCCUAUCUCUAUUACGCACCCAUCGCAUAUUUGGUGACAAUGGUAGUUGGCGUUAUUAUCAGCGGACUAACAGGAUGGCAGAAACUAGAUAAAAUUGAUCCUGAGUUGUUGUCUCCGUGGAUCACGUCAAUAUUUAAAUUGCCCAAAAAGGGAAAGGCGCAUGAAAUCGAAGAUUAGCUGAGUAUCAAAUGUCUUGAAAAUGUUUCAAAUUUUAGCUCUAUUAUAAUAAAUGAAUGGCUAUGUUUGAUUUAUCAAACAUGAAAGAUUUAUGUACUCACCUCUAUUCA